AUGGCAGAAGUCAAUAAACACAAAUACUUCUUAAUUUUUUUGGGUCUGUUUUUUCUUUCCUAUCACAUCUUAUAAAAAAUCUUUACAGCUUGUUUGGUGCUUUUUUUAUAUGUCCACUUCAUGUCACUUCCUACCCAGAUAAGCCGAGAUUGUCUAACAUCGGCAACACAAGAGGCGUUGCCGAGAGAGAAUGAGAAGAUUUUGACUCUGGAGAUUCCUUAUCCAAGUGGUGUAGGCAAGUUUUUUUAUUUGCCUGUACGGAAAUAUAGUCUUGAUAAAAAUCCUCUAGAAAACAAACGGUAAAAAAUGGCGGCAAAUUUCCUUCUGAAGGCGUGCUCUGUAGUCAAUAUGAAUAAUUUUAAGCUACAAGCUGUUUCUAGUCGUGCUUUUUUCUUCUAACAAAUAUAGUUUUUCGUUUUGAAGAGGAAGGGAAUUUCAUUUUAUGGUUGGAAAUUUUCUGAAAAUUGGCAAAAACGCUCCUUGAUGUACCAGAUGAAGAUACCGAAAGUCUAAACCUACACAACUUAUAAUAGGCUUUCUUCUGACUUUGAGCCCUUAUCGAAAACUAGAAAAUUGUGCAGGUUGAAACUUUCAGAAUAUUUUUUUGGUAGAUCAAGAAGUGUUCAGGCGAACUUUCACGAAAUUUCCAACCUCAGAAUGUCAUUACCUUCCUUGUGAGGUUUUUUAGCCAUACUUCAAAAAGCACCUUUUUGCUCUAGGAGCCUUAAUUUCUAUCUUUGCAGGAAACAAUAUUUUUGCUUUGGCUUCUCUUAUCGGCAUAGCCAGGUUGCUUGGUCGCGUUCCUGCCAUUCCAGUAUUUCCCAAAAUGGACGACAUGAUAGACAAAAAAAUAAAGCCUAUUUUUCCAAAUAUAAAUCGUCUCUUCAAAAGGAUACCUCAAGAAAAAAUGGUAAAAUUGUCGCAAAUCCUCUUACAAAUUAUAUUUUUUUUGAGAAGGACAACGUUCGGACAGUCAAAUUUAACGCGGUCUGCUGUAUUUACAACGACUUUUGGAGGUUUUCUUCAAAAUUGAAGAAUGGUUUUUCAUUCUUUUAAUUUAGGUUGACAAACGAGUCGGCGAGUCAUUUGCACUUGAACGGUCUAUUUUUCCAAGUCCACAAGUAUUUUGAUCAUAUCAAGCCAUUAAUAAUGCAGCAAGCAGUGCCAGAGAAAGAAGUUUUAGAAAAAGCGGAAGGAAUUCUUCCACAGAACUCCAAGAAUAAUUAUAUGUAAGUGGGGGGUUGAAAGUGUUAUGCUCGAAAACCAUUUUGGAUGAUUGAAGGAGUGAAAAAAAAUUUUUCAAAGCUAGGCGCCUUCGAAAAUUCCAGCUAUUUUUUUUAAACACGACUUUUUAAUGGUGGUAGGACGUGAAAUAAUCUGUGCCGCUGAUAUUUCACAAAUCUCUCGCUUGUAAAAUUCAAUGGCCCUUGUGUUUUACGUUUCACCAUCGUUAAAACAUCUGCAUCUUUUUUUCGCGUUUUAUUGCCUUCUUUUCCCCUGUAAUUUCGUGAGAAUAGAAAGUAAUAAUGAUUUUAAAGUCUUCUCGUCGUCACUAUCGUAGUUGUAAAACCCUAAUUUUCAGCAGGCUCAAUAUGUAGGAAAUUAAUGAACAUCUUCAAUAAUCAAUGUUGAUCAUAAUUGAAAUUCGUUGAAGUUUCUUAUUGAAAUGAUAAAGUUCCUAGAGUGCUUCUUUUUUGAAUGUGGAUGAUACAGUUAGCGUUUUAUCCCUCAAUUUUUUCCUAAGAACUCAGCUUAAAAUUUUUUUCACGUAUUCUAUUUUGUGAAGUUUUUAUAUCAUUACAAAAAGAUAUUCACUAAAUACUUGGGAAAAAAAAUUCGAAGCUGAAAAAAGUAUUUCAUAACGUUCAGAGUCUGCGCUCACACACGCCGAGGUGACUUCAUAGGGGCCAACUUCGCUUAUUCUGAAACGAAACCGUCACUUGAAAUAAUUGCUAAAGCCGUGAACGAUGGUUGGUCCGUCAUAUUUUUUUUGCUUCCAAAAUCUUUCUCAGUUUCACUCAACCGGAAGUUGACGAUCGUUGCGAUGGGAGCUGAUCAAAAGUGGCUGAAAAAUCUUUUCAAUGGUAAAGUUACGUUCAAAAAUGGGAAAAAAACAGUGCAUUCAGGCAGCACAAGUGUCGGCGAUCACGAGGUUGAUCAUAAUCGAAAGAAGUUCUCCUCAUUGAUCUUGGAGUUCAGGUUAUCAUUUCGAAAAACUCGCCUUCAGUUGAACUGGCUUUCGCUUGGACUCGCUGCGAUUCCGUCGUUCUAACAGGUUCAUGAUUUUUUCAAAGGUUUCUUUUCAAUCUUGAAAAGAAUAUGGUAUCGGCUUGUCUUUACGCGGCGGGAUUUCAGAUCUCAUAAUUUAUUCAUUAGACUCCUAGACAAUUCAUUAUCAUAAAAAAAGAAAGAGAAAACAUCAAAAAAAGAUAAGUCAAAUUUGAUCUCGAGUUUUUCCAAAGUCCUCGUUGUGUACGAAAAAAAAUCACCCUUGCCAUUAUACUCAUAUAUUUCGAUUCGCGAAAAGUUGACUACAACACAAAUUUUUUGCUUGGGCUUUGAGAGAAGCGUGUAUUACCAAUUGAAGUAUUAAAGCAAAUAGUUUUUUUUUUCCGCGUGUUCAAACAAAGUUAUGAAUAACUUCUGGCCAUCAUUUUUUAUAUCUCUUCUAAAAGCCUUUAUUCCGCCACUAUGAAAUUUUCGAGGGAUUUUCAAAAAAUAAUUAUCAAACUGCACAAAGUUCUGGUUGAUCCAAAAUUGCCCGGAAACUCUUCAUUUGAAGGACCACGAAAAGCUGUCCUUAAUUCAAUUUUUGUGAUAAUUCUAUUAGGUUGGUAACUAAGUUUCCGAUAUUUUUGGUGUAAACAAACUUCAUCAUGUUUAGCAGGGGAAUAAAGGAGCAAAUCAUAGAAAUAUUCUGCAUGUGCAUCUAUGGUCUGUUGCCAUUGCUCUGGCAGAGCAAGAAUGCCCUGCCUCCAGAACGUGGCGGACUGGGCCUUGAACCAGUUGGUCAACCAGCUUCUGACUUGCAUCUCGUCGUCGAAUUUCUGCCCCGCGAGGGCUCGUUUAAGGUGGGAGAAGAGGUGAUAAUCAGAAGGGGCAAGGUCAGGGGAGUAUGGUUGAAGAGGUAAAACAUGCCAUUGUUGUACGACCCUUUUGGUAAAAGUUCCCAGAACUCCACGCCUCGAACCGACCACCAGAUAGACAGCAUGGCCUUUUUCGCGUGUAGAUCCGCUUUAGCGACGUCUUCUGCCUUUACAUCAUUGUCUACUCACUGAGGACGGCUCUGAGCAUUAUCACGGAGGACCCACUUUUCAUCUUCAGUGAUGAGGUUGUGCAGCCAUCCGUGCGUUCCGUGGAGAGGGAGAAGAGAAAGAGUCAUGUAGACUCUGCGAUCCUUGUCGUAGUCGGUCAAUGGGUGGGGUAUCCAUCGGCCCAUCUUUUGGUCUUUUCCGAUUUUUUUUUUCAUUUCUUUUUAGAUAGUGGUAUGGCUCCCCCAGUGUGGCUCCCCAUUCCCUGGUGGUUACAUAAGGAUCGGUUUCAAUUUGGAUGCGAAGCAGGUCCAGAGCCAACUCGGACGGCCGACCCGACCCCUCACCUUCAGUCAUGGAAAAAGCCCUCUCGAGAACUUGUUGAACCAAAGGCUGAUGGUGCUUUGAGAGGGCGCAUGCUCUUCGUAUACGUUCUUGAUAGGACGUUCGGUGUCAGGUUGAUUGCUGCCAGAAAAGAACAAAAAACAGAAAUGUGUGUCGAAUGUGAGUUCGGUCGUGGAUGAAUCUAUGGGGCAUCCUCGAAGGGGAACAAAGGGGAGACUGAAUCUAUCGGUGGUUUACGUAAAGGAGACUUCCCUCCUGCUAACAUGCCUAGUGGCGAAACAAGAAGUGCAUUUAGUAAAACGUGGGAGCUAACCAAAAACACACCUCAAAAAUAUCGGAAACUUAGUUACCAACCUAAUAGUUAUAAUCGCUCUAAACAAUUUUUUUUUGAAACGCGCCUUAUCGUGAGUUUCAGCUCCUCACUCGACCUUUGGAUUCUGGAUGGGAUACUUAUCGAAAGGACAACGAGUCUACUAUUACGAUAUAACACAAACCACCGAUUCUGUUUAUGUUUGUUCUUCCAAUGUUCCAAAAUCUUGAAUUUUUUUCUUCUAGACCGAGAAAAGACUCAACGCGGCAGAUUAUUUUCCUGAAAGCUGGAAAUCGGUCCGAUACACGGAUGGCUUGAUUCAUCCCGUCGACAAAAUCACGAAGAAACCGAAAAAAGCGAAAUCUUGA